AUGGCUCUCUCCAUCUUCUUCAGUCUCUUGUCUAUUAUCUUCUCUUUUACGCCGGCAAAUUCACAGUCUUUUAUCGGAGUAAACUACGGCUUAGUCGCGGACAACCUUCCACCACCCUCUGAUACGGCCAAACUCCUCCAAUCAACAUCCAUUCAGAAAGUCAGGCUAUACGGCGCUGAUCCUACCAUCAUCAAGUCCUUGGCCGGAACAGGCAUCGGAAUCGUCAUCGGAGUUGCUAACGGUGAUCUCCCAUCUUUAGCCUCUGAUCUCAACGCCGCUUCCCAAUGGAUCAACUCCAACGUCCUUCCUUUCUACCCUGCCUCCAAUAUCAUCCUCAUCAAUGUCGGUAACGAGGUGUUGUUGUCGAAUGAUCCAAAUUUGGUAAACCAGCUUCUCCCGGCGAUGCAAAAUGUUCAAAAAGCCCUCGAGGCAGUUUCACUCGGCGGGAAAAUUAAGGUGUCUACGGUCCAUGCCAUGACAGUGUUAGGUCAGUCCGAACCGCCAUCGGCCGGUUCGUUUGCUUCCGCUUAUCAGGCCGGUUUAAAGGGUAUUCUUCAGUUUCUUAGUGAUACUGGAUCGCCUUUUGCUAUCAACCCGUACCCGUUCUUUGCGUACCAGAGUGACCCGAGACCUGAAACGCUGUCGUUUUGCCUUUUCCAGCCUAAUCCUGGACGAGUCGACUCCAAUACCGGAAUCAAGUACAUGAAUAUGUUCGAUGCUCAGGUUGAUGCGGUGCACUCAGCUUUGAAAUCGAUGGGAUUCGAGAAAGUAGAAGUGAUGGUGGCCGAAACAGGCUGGCCAUCGAGCGGUGAUAGCAACGAGGUUGGUCCGAGUGUUGAGAACGCAAAGACUUACAAUGGGAACCUCAUAGCUCACUUAAGGUCCAUGGUUGGCACUCCCCUCAUGCCUUCCAAAUCCAUCGACACUUACAUUUUUGCUCUCUUUGACGAAAAUCUCAAGCCUGGCCCUUCUUUUGAGCGAUCUUUUGGUCUUUUCAAGCCCGAUCUCUCCAUGGCCUUUGACAUUGGUCUCACUAAAACUCAAACGCCACAAUCUCCAACGUUGGGCAAAACAACAUCUAUAGGAUGGUGUGUACCAAAGGAGGAUGUGACUGAAGAGCAGUUGCAAGCGAGUCUAGAUUGGGUUUGUGGACAGGGAAUUGACUGUGGUCCGAUAACGCCAGGAGGGGUGUGUUUUGAGCCUAACAAUGUCGCCUCUCAUACAGCCUAUGCCAUGAAUCUGUAUUUCCAAAAAUCUCCUGAAAACCCUACGGAUUGUGAUUUCUCUCAAACCGCAAGGAUCACUUCCGAUAACCCUAGUUAUAACAAUUGCGUCUACCCAGGAGAAGGAGGGAUUGGAGAUGGAAGCAUAAGAGGAGUGAUGAAUAAAUAUGUGAGUUCAGACAAAGCAAUAGAGAAGAAUGGAUCAGAAUGCUCCUCUUCUCUGUAUGGUACAAAUGAGGCAAUUGAAUAUACCCUGAGAGUUUAA